AUGCCUCAGAAGUUCCCAUGGUCCAAGUCGAACCGGUCGCACAAUUCCGUCGACAGCAGCCCGUCAGGACAGCCAUCGCCCGUGGCCUCUGGUAAGGCUGGUGGGGUUGGGGGUUUAAUAGCUGAUGCCGUGGCUGACGAGCAAGCGCUGGCAGUGAACGACGUCGGAGCGCCGCGAUUCCAGCUCACGGACGGUCAACCACUACCACAGCAGCAGCAGCAGCAGCAGGCCUCUGCGCAGCAACAGCAACAACAGCCGCAGCCGCAUCAUCUUCAUCUUCUUCAUCAUCAUCAUCAUCAGCAGCAGCCGCAGCCGCAGCAACAGCAACAGGUGCCUCCAGGUGGCUCACAGGGCCAGUACAGUGAGCAGCAGCAACAGCAGCAGCAGCAGCAACAACAACAACAGCAACAACAACAGCAACAACAACAGCAGCAACAGUAUCUGCAGAGAACAGCCAGCCAGACCCACCGGCUCAGCGCACAUCUACCCCUCGGCCACCACGCACCGUCAAACCAUCAGCAGCCAGCCGGCCCUUCUCAGUCAGGCGAAGGCUCCGACACAGCCCACCGUAGAUCCUACCAGCCUCCUUCGACAUCCUUAUCCUCUGCAGGCCACACGCCUGAGCCCAAGAAGCAGUCGCUCAGCAGCCGCAUUGCAGCCGGCGUGCGAGGCCACAAGAAGGACGACGCAGCGAAGCAGGCGCAGAAAAACGGCGUGGCGCGAAGCAAGUCGGUCAGGACCAGCGAGCUCAGAGCGCCAGACUACCCAUCAUCGCAAGAGGACCACCUUCGUCUCCAAGGGGUGCAACAGUGGCAUCAGCGACAGUCGUCCAGUCCGCUUCUCUCCACGUCCGACGAGCACGACGAGCACGACCUCGAUCCAUUCCUGCAACAGCAAGACGGCCGUAUAAACCCUCAGGUGCCACCCAAAGACGUGCAAUAUCAUCUUCAGCAGCAGCAGCAGCAGCAGCAGCAGCCACCACAACAGUACCAGGGUUACCAGCCGCCUGUGCAGCAUCCCUCAACCACGCAGGAAUACCAGGCCUUCAAUCCCCAGAGCGUGCCAAGUCCUCUGCUCCAGAACGCGCAGCUUCAUGGGCACAGCGGUCAAGGUCCAGACCCCUCCCAGCAACUGUCACAAUCCCAACAAGACUAUUACGCAUAUCAGCACCAGCAAGUGCCUCCCCAGGUACACGGACAGUUGGCGCUAGAUCACGCACAACAAAGUCUACACUACCAACAGCAGCAGCAGUCGCAGCUUGUCGCACAACCACAAUCUCGUCAGGGUCAAGACCAUCCGCAACAGCAGCCUCAGACUGUCCGUCCACCGUCGCAACAUCAGAACGAAACACUACAUCCACAGGUGAAUCGUCAGGCUCCUUUGAGCCUUCAGCAGAGUCAGCAGAUCGACGCACAGCAGUCCCAGCAGCUUAGACCACCGUCUUCGAGUCAACCGUUCGCCCCACCGUCACCCCUCCAACCCCAGUCACACCAGCCUCACGACGCACAAAAUCCGCCACCGUACACGUCGGAGCCCCACGCGCACAACAUAACACCCCCGCAGCAGGAUAACAUGGCUUCCAAGGGCCAGAGCAGCAACAGGAACACGAUGAGAAAGGUCAACGAUGGCGGCACGCCAGGUGCGCCUUCGCGAGAGUCUUUGCUCCUUCAACAACCCUUGGCUCAAGGUCAGCAUCUCGGUCAGCCGCCUGUAUCGCCGGGCCUCGCAUCGUUCGACGCUAACGUCGUACCCACAGCUUCACAAGGACAGCCCUAUCGAGGGGAGAAGCAAGGCCAGCAAGGACAGGGAGAAGUGGGUCGAGCGACGCCUCCACCACGAACGUCUAUCGGUGAUAUGACGGAGGAGGAGAUUGAGAAGAUGAUGAAGGAGCACGAUGUGCUGCGCGAAAAGUAUCAAAAGGUCAAGCGAUAUUUCUUCGAACAGCAGUCACAGGUCCAUCAGCUUCAAAACACGCUUGCCAACCAACGAUUGUCUCUGUCGCGCACAUCGUGGGAUGACACGCAACUCUCCUUCUCUAUCCGCAAGGACUGGCGGUCGAUACCUCCCUGGUUGCAGGUAGCCGUCAACAAGACGGCGGUGGAGACUGGCAAACAAGAAAUGACUGCAGUCGGUCGGGCGUUCAUUUCCCACUGGCUAGUAGAGAAUUUGUUCGACAGGUACUUUCAUCCUGAUCUGGAACCUGGCUUUUCGUCACAAUUGCAGUCUAUCGUCUCCAACAUUCGCAGGUUCGCACCACCUUGCCAUAGCGUGGAGGACGAAGAGUCGCUUGCCGCCAAGAUUAUCAACUGGCGGUUAGCGACGCUCGAAGGGCUUGCUGACACACUGAGAGCACCCCAAGCCGAGGCACAUCGGCAACAACUGACAAACACCUUGAAUGAGAAGCUCAUCGCAUCUCUACAGCUGCACCUCAACGAGCCGGCGCCUGCUGACCUAGCAGGAGGAGUGCCGAUGAUCGUUGAGCUGGCCGUCAGUAUCGCCCAACAUUUACCCCUGGAAAGUCGAGAGGUCCAUAUCGAAUACUUUCCGCCUGGACACGGCAUCGUGGCUGAGUUGAUGAAGAUGGAGUCUGGGAUCCCCGCGUUGACAGCGCCUAUCGUCGAGCUGGAUGAGGCUGACCGAGCUUCUUUGAGGAGUGUCGCGUCCAAGAUUGAUGACGGUGUCUCCCUCGCCGAGCAGGAUCAAAUGACACAGCCAAAGGAGGACAAGAAGCGUGGCAUGUUUAGCUUUGUUGCCUCGAAAAAACCUGCCAGCCUGGGCAAACGUGACUCGUCGCUUGGCCAAGGGGGUAGCCAGCAAAGCCUCACGCAGAACCGGCCGGGUAGCGCGGGUGGAAGCAAGGAGGAGAUGCCAGCGCCUCGCGUUCGUAUGGCUGUGGGCGUUGCUGUGCAGAUUCGCGGCAAGAGUGUUCUGAUCAAAGCGCCUGUGUAUAGCACAUGA